AUGCGCCGCGACCGUGAAGCUCGUGCCUUUGGAGCGGUGGAGCACUUGAUGCCGAGCCGGCAAGGGGAUAAGAACAACCGCUAUUUGGUGGGACACGCGGCGUAUGGCCGCUCGGAGUGGCGUGAGACCUCAGAAGAACAAGUCAGUAUGAAGAUGCAGUUGAAUCGCUGGAAGGCGCUGCAGCGACAAAACCAUCACAUGUCGAUUCGGCGGGGUAACCACAUGACAGCCAAGCCAGAGCGAUUGAAGGAAGCAGGCGCGUGGUCAGUGUGGAAGGAGGUCUUCCUACAACAUGCCGGGGAGAACAACAGCUCCGAGUCGGAGACAUCAGAAAAGAGCGAUCGUGACGGCGACAACAAUGACCAGCCUGCAAACGUACAGAGUGACUCAGCUUCAAGGCACUCAAGCUCGAGCUCGUCGAGAUCUUCGCGGGAAGACUCGAGCGAGUCCAGGUCGCCGAGAGCUUCGCGCGCAAAGCCCAACCAGGCCUCGGCAGCCUCGGCGCUGCGCUUCUUCCGGGUGCGAGGCUGCCAAAGCCACGGGGUUCCUAGCGGAGCACCGAGGCGUGUGAACACGCUGGCGGACGCUGCCGAAGAAAGAGAAGCUGCCUUGACGUUAAGAGGCUUCGCAGAUGAACCUGAGCCGCCGGAGAUUUGCUAUGAAGAUGAUGAGGACCGUGAAGAGUGUGCAAUUUCUCCCGAUUGGCCACCUGCCCCCACCGUGGACACCUUCGCCAAGUGCCUCAACGAUGCCUUGGUGCUGCGCGUGCACCGUGAGGCCGAGGAAGAGGCCUAUGCUUGCGCCUUGGAAGCACAGGCCAUGGUAUUUCAGCGGAUUAUCAGUGAAUCAGAAGAGGAAGAGGACGUUGAGGACGGUGAAGAAGAAGGAGAAGAGGAGGAGUUGACGACCGAAUCCUACAGCCAGCUCAUGUACAAGAGAGACGUGCAGAUGAUGAUGACAAGCAGCACUCGCAAGACGAGCACUGCCCCGCAUCGGGUUUUGGGAGCAAAGCCUCAGUUUCAUCACUUCCGGCGCUUGCUGCGGGGCUUGUGCCACUGCUACGUGCGCUUGCGACGUUGGGCUGACCUAGAUCUCUUCAUCGAGGAAGCCACCGGAUACUUCGGGCGGGACACUGCUCCACCUCGGAAGGCGCGGAGCUUGUCGACGUGCCCAGGCAUCCCCAAGUUUGUGAACACAGCGCAUGAAGACUUGUGGACCAGCAUGAAGCUUCAGAAAGCCAUUGCUUGCCUUCUCGUGGGUCCUGGCCACUUCGAUAAGGCAGAGGUUUUGCUGGAGCAGAUCCGCCUGGUUGAGCCGCAACGACGAUCCUUGGCAGCGGCGUAUCGCAGCAUCCGGUUUUUGCAAAGCCAAGCGGCACAGGGCCUCCAGUUGCAGGAAGAUUUGCUGCUGAGCAAUGCUUUACUGGUGCUGAAGGUUGCCAAACUUGCACCCAGGCCCCUGGACUAUGUCUCAGACACCGGGGAUUUGUAUGGCCCACGGCCGUUGGGCUCCAAGUCGAUAGGUCGGGCGACACCUUUGGGUGGCGCUGCGCAUUUGCGGCAGGAAUGGGCAAGGGAGGAUUUGGUGGGAAAGGCCAUGAACGGCGACAGGCGCUACGGAGUCUAUGAGACACCAGUGAAGUCUUUGAUUGUAAGCGAGAUCAGCGCUGUCACAGAAGGUUGCGAAGCCCUGCUGCGAGCAGCCGAGGAAGGUGAUGCUCCGGCGACACUUUGGAGCCCAGGGCCCGUGAAGUUAGAGACCAAAGCAGCCAGACGUGUACAGAAGCACUUGCAGCAUGACCCUUUGCUGGUGCUCGUGGAUGAAACCGUGAAGGAGGAGUUCAAGUUGCUCGCAGUCCAAAGACUAAAGCAGGAGUCUCCAAUCACAAGCCCGCCUGGUGCUGUCGGUGAAGCUCUUGGUUUGAUGUCCUUGAGAAGACGAAUCGCACAAAUUCAGCGAAAAGAAAGGUUGAAGACAGCUUCAGAACUGAUCUACGUCAUGGUGGCCAGCAUGUUCAAGUACCUUGAAGUGCCCUUCAUCCAACCCUUGAAGGGUGGUGGUCACGUGAGGAUGGAUAUGGAUGGCGAGCAGCUUCGAGGGCUCACUGAGAUUUACUCCAUGGAAGCGCUGGAGCUUGUCAGAGACCAUUUGUUUAACAUCGUCGGAGUGGAGGCACAGGCGGCAGAGGCACCAGCCUUGCGCAUUGCCAUGUACCAAGCAGGGCAAGUCUAUGCCAUGUCAGCCCUUUUUGGUUAUUACUUGCGCCGUGCCGACGUGCGAUACCAACUGGACAAGAUUGUGUCACUUCAUGAUGCAGGGGACGACAAUGACGACUUGGAGAUAGGGGAAACUCGGAAGCGGCGCCGGCGCCCGGUGCCGCGGUGGAUGGAGCUAUCGUGGGCGAAAGGCGAAAGUCGAGCUGACGUGUCUCUGAAGGACUACAUUCAAUCCUUCGGCCCUGACGAGCUCCGGCAAAUCAGGUCUUUAGCAUCAGCUGAAGCUCAAGCGACCAUGGAACUCCAAAUCUCAGCUCUCUUCGGAGAUUUGCGGGUCCUCAAAAGCAAGCUCCUAAAAGCUACUGAGGGCUCUACCACGGAUGAGGAGGCGACUGAGAUGUUGGAGGAAGGACUUCGCUCGGGAGCUGUGGAAUCCAUCCGCAUCAGCUACGACAACUUGCGACGACUCAUCCUUGAAGCUGUUGCCUUUGGCUCCGUCCUGUUUGAUGCAGAGCGAGAAGCUGACAGCAACUACGAUCUCACACCGACUGACCGGAGAGAUCUCAACUUGGGCUGA